AUGGCCGCGCAGCUCGUCCCGCUCCCAGAGGUCGAGCGGCUCAGCCCCCGCUGCAUCCGCAUCCUCGGCGGCAACCCGGGCAAGUUCACCCUGCAGGGCACAAACACCUAUCUCGUCGGCACGGGCCGCCGGCGGCUGCUCAUCGACACGGCCGAGGGCAAGCCGGCCUGGAUCGACGCCGUCCGGCGCACCCUCGCCGAGGAGGGCGCCUCCGUCUCCGCGGCGCUCAUCACCCACUGGCACCCGGACCACGUGGGCGGCAUCGGCGACCUGCUGGCGCUGUCGCCCGACACCAAGAUCUACAAGUGCCAGGCCGAUGCCGAUGCCGAUGCCGGCGCGGUCGCCGGCGCCGGAGGCAGCACCAUGGCCGACAUCGCCGACGGGCAGGUCUUUGAGGCCGAGGGCGCGUCGCUGACGGCCGUGCACACGCCGGGCCACACGGUCGACCACAUGGCCUUUGUCCUGCGCGAGGAGGACGCCAUGUUCACGGGCGACAACGUGCUGGGCCAGGGCACGGCCGUGUUCGAGGAGCUGGCCGUCUACCUCCGGAGCCUCGCGCGCAUGAAGCCGCUCUUCAAGGGCAGGGCCUACCCCGGCCACGGCCCCGUGCUGGAGGACGGCCCGGCCAAGAUCGCCGAGUACAUCCACCACCGCGCGCAGCGGGAGGAACAGGUGCUGGCCACGCUGCAGUCCCAAAGGGACGGCGAGGCCGGCGCCGAGGUUGCCAACGGGGGUACGUGGACCGCCAUAGAACUAGUCAGGGUGAUCUACCGGGACGUACGAGAAGAUCUACAUCCUGCGGCUGAAAGGGGGCUGCUUCAGAUACUCGACAAGCUCGAGAAGGAGGGCAGGGUGCAGAGGCUAGACGGCGGGAGGUGGAAGCUGAAGAGCACUUCAGCACUAUGA